AGUAAUUAUUUAUUUCAACUGAGACUAAGGCUGCCUCCAGAAAACUUUCACAUUCUGGUGCCCGAACAGGGACUUCAGGUCUUCUGCCAGCUAGUUUGUAACUGUUUUUUGUGUCAUUGGCAUCUUUUUCUUUCCACAAUGGAAUUUCCAGACUUGGGAAAGCAUUGCUCUGAAAAAUCUUGCAAGCAACUGGAUUAUCUUCCAUUAAACUGUGCCGCAUGUAACAAAGUCUUUUGUAAAGCUCAUGUUCAAUUGGAGCAGCAUAAAUGCAGUGCUUCAUAUAAAAAGGAUGUUCGGGUCCCAGUAUGUCCAGUUUGUCAUGUCCCUGUUCCAGUAAGACGGGGAGAAACCGCAGAUGUUGUGAUUGGACAGCAUAUGGAUAAAGACUGUAAAUAUAACCCGGCUCGGGAGAAAAAGAUUUUCGUACACCGGUGCUCAAAGGAGGGGUGCAAGAAGAAAGAAAUGUUUGAGCUGCUUUGUGACCAGUGUAAUGACAACUUCUGUAUUAAGCACAGGCAUCCUUUGGAUCAUAACUGCAAACAUGACCAUCCCAUCUCCAGAGGAGGGUGUGCAGCUAUAAUGAGAGCUUCUGAAUCAUCUGGCGCUUCAAACAAAUUAUCUUCCAGUUGGCUAGCUCAGUGAUUAAGAGGGAAACAAGAGUUGAUAAUCAUUUGACAUUCCCAGUCUUUAUCACCUGGCAAGGAACGAUUCUGUGCAUUUUUAUAUAAUUUAAAGUAAUGUGGGCUUUCCCACAAAAUCUAAG